UCCACAUGCUACUUCCUUUUCCUGCCGCCAUCGAAUCGUAGGCUUUCGACAAAGACAAAUCAUCAUGCAAAACGAAGCAGGCGAGUUCGUGGACAUGUAUGUCCCCCGUAAAUGCUCUGCCAGCAACCGCAUCAUUGGUGCCAAGGACCAUGCUUCAAUCCAGAUCAACUUUGCUGAGGUUGAUGACACCACUGGCAGGAUGACUGGGGGCUACAAGACCUUCGCCAUCUGUGGAGCCAUCAGACGAAUGGGUGAGUCAGACGACUGCCUCAACAGGCUGGCAAAACGUGACGGCAUUGUGGCCAAGAACUUCUAGAGGCUUGUCAUGUUUUGUAAAUAGAAGAAAAAUAAAUAAAUAAGUAAAACUAGA